UGCCGGCAAAGGCAGUCAGUCGGCUGUUGAAUUUCGGUGCGCGCGCAACCAGCAUCCGUCAUCCGUUCAUAUAUAGCCACAUAUAGCCGCCCAUAUCCAUGUCGCCACCACGUCACAUUCUGAAGCUCAGCCUGGAGGAGCAGCGCCAGUUCAUCGAUUCCUUCGACCUGGUCAUCAGCGACUGCGAUGGCGUUGUCUGGCUCCUGGUGGGCUGGAUUCCCAACACCGGGCCCGCCGUGAAUGCCUUGAAAGCGGCCGGCAAGCAAAUCAAGUUUGUGUCCAACAACAGCUUCCGUUCCGAGGAGGCUUACAUGGAGAAGUUCCGGCACAUAGGCGCCAAGAAUAUCCAGGAGGACGACAUCGUUCAUCCGGUGAAGACCAUCGUCAGGUACCUGAAGAAGCACAAGCCGGGAGAGCGGGUGUUCUCCCUCAUGUCCCUGGAGGCCAACGAGACGUUGCGUAAGCACAACAUCGAGUUCGAGUCGCUGCAAGUCAAGGAGCACCUCACAGCAGCCUCGUUGGUGGAUCACCUUGCCAUUGAAAAGCCCGUGGGCGCAGUGCUCUUCGACAUCCACCUGGAUCUCUCGUAUGUGGAGCUGGCCAAGGCCAUCCGGCAUCUGCAGGAGAACGAGGACUGCCAGUUGAUAGCCGGUGGCAGCGAUGUCAUCAUGCCGCUGGCUGAGAAUCUCAAUGUGGCCGGGUUUUUUGACUUCCUGGAGCAUGUGAAGCGUUACACUCAACGGGAGGCCACAUUCCUGGGUAAACCAUCGCCCCUUUUGGGCGAGAUGUUCAACGAAAUGUUCGAGAUCCGAGAGCCCAAGCGCUGCAUCUUUAUCGGCGACACUUUGGUCCAGGAUGUCCAGUUCGGCAAGGCUUGCGGCUUCCAAUCCCUCCUGGUGCUCAGUGGCUGCCUGACCAAGGAGGAUAUGCUGAACGCCCCGGUGGAAGCCCAGCCGGAUUACUAUGCAGACAGCUUGGCGGACUUUACGCAGCUGCUUGAAAAUAUUCAAAAAUAGAUUCAAGAGCCUACAUAGCAGGAAUAUCAAAAGAAAAAAGCUACCUGAAAGAAACUAAAAUCAUAAGAGUGGAAACUAAAAUAUUCCUUAAGCGAAAACCGAUCCACCGCAAUGUUAGAUGUUUUGUUAUGGCUUUUAAAUAAAGCCUAAACACCUAUUUAAUAUUGUUAAAUCAGAAACUAUUUGUAACCACUGUUGUUCUGUAAAAUAGGCAUUUACUUUCGAAUGCAAAGGCGAAUUUAAAAUGAGUUUAUAAAUGUUUACUAUCACGAA